GUGUAAAAACGGAAGCCGUCGUCUUGUGUUGGUUGAUCUUAGAAUCCUGUAAUACCUUGACUAGAUGUUAAUUUAUCACGUAUUCCGGGACUCGCGAUAAAUAUAUUAGUUUAUACUUUUUUUAAAUAACAGAUAUAACAUAUAUACACAUAAACACAUAGUUCAGUAUUACGUGACACACAUAACCUCCAUUGUUUCAUUGGUGUGUCGUGUGUUUAAAUCAAUUCUGGCCCUGAAUAAUGUCGCGGGUCUACGUUGAAAUGGAACUAGCACUUUUCUCAAUGAUGAAGUACUGAACAACGACUUUACAGUGACUUGGGCGGUAAAACAUCACUCAUCAUCAACAUACAUCAUCAAUUACUCCACUUACUAUGCAAUAAGAUAUAUAUAGAUCUAGAUCUAGACGUUAUUUUUUUAUUUUAUUUUAUUUAAAAAUAUCGGCAUGGAUAUUUCGAGUUUACUUGAAGUGCAAGUCAAUGAAGGUCAGGCAUCAGCAGAUCUUUCAUCAGAUCCUGUGGAUAGCAAACCAAAAAAUUUUAUCCAUUUUCGUCCUUCCGAAAUAAUAACUCCUGAGGAGUCAAAAUUUUAUCGUCGUAUAUUUGGAAAUGAUGUUGCUCAAGUGCGAUUUCGUAGACUUCACUGUACCGCCUGUGAUGAACAUAUAGGGUCAGCACCAUGCGAUGCAUACAAUAUGCAGGAGCAUCCAAUGCUCAAGACCUUAUUGUGUGCAGCUUGUCGUGAAUUUUAUGGAGACGGUGAUUUCGAACAAGGCGAGGACGCAACGGACAUGUUUUGCCGUUGGUGUGCCAAUGGUGGAAAUCUUUAUUGCUGUUCGUACUGCUGUAAUACGUUUUGCGACAAAUGUAUCAAACGUAAUUUCGACACAGAGGUACGUGAAAGGAUUGAGGAAGACGAAAAAUGGAAGUGUUUUGUAUGUGAUCCUAGAGAUCUCUAUACACUAAGAGGUGUGUGUCGAGCAUUAUUACUCCACGUUAAAACAGUCACGAGGAUACUAAAGAGCAACCCAACGAUGGCGCAAAAAGACAUCGACAGUAAAAUGGAGCUGGAUGAUUCAAAAUGUUGUGUUGGUAAACGCACUACUAGACGUAAGCGGCAUGUAUCUAGUUCUGAUGAUGAUUCUCUUCAAGGAGGUCCUAGUAAAAGAAGUAAAGUCAAAAAUGGAUCAAGUAAACGACGUAAAUCUGCGAGCAAAGAUCAUAACUAUAGUAGUGGUGGUGGUGAUAAUGAUAAAUCACCAUUUAUUUCAAAUGGUGCCGCGAGGUUCCUUCCCAUUACACCGCGGCAUCUUGCCCAGGAACCAGCGGCACCUGGUGGGAGGUCAGCCGCACAAAUAUCAGAUAAAGAUGAGCUGCCGGCACCAUUGCUGCACUUUGAGCAGACAAUGAUUGAAGGUGAUAGUCAAAUAUUAGCGAAUAAGCCGGCAAAUCCAAAAAUACCCGAGGCUAUUCUUAACAACAGCGCGAUUUCACUCAAUCCGAUACCCAGGAAUCUAUUCCGCGGUCCGCCUGGUAAUAUUAUCAAUCUCCGUCCUAUAAAACUAGACUCAGUGCCUCCUGGAGCGACGUUACAUCGACUUGCCAGGCUGCCAACGCGACCUAAUGCACCGAUGGUGACUAUUCCUGGGCGUGGUGUGCCGAUAACGGCUGCUAACGUUAAUCAGUCGCCGAAGACGUUUUUGAGAUGUAAAAAUUUAUCGGCUAUUCCGACGACAACUCUAACUGAUGCUGCUACUCCAGCUCCAGCAGCUCCCAGUGUCAUUGACAUCGACAGUGAUCCAGAAGAACUUACAGUUGUGCCCCUUAACAGUUCUAAUUCUCAGCAGAACUCAAGUAAUUCUCCACAGAAUUCAAAUACUUCCCAGCAAAAUAAUCAAACAUUGAAGGUGAUAAAUCCUGUAGCUGUCGCGAAUCUAGAUGCCUCAAUAAUGGCAGCAGACAACGCGCGAAAGAAAAUUUUCGAAGAUGUCAUUCAUCAUCCAGUGAAAGAAGUUGAUAAAAUACUGACUAAAAUUCGCAGUAAACUGAGAAUUGAAUUGAAAAAAGCAGGAGCCAGUCUGAUGGACAAUGAAGCUCACAAUGCGCGGGUUAGAUUGAAUGCCAUUAAUCGUUGUGUUCAUGAAGCUGUUGAUGAACUAACGGCUUUUAAUAAUACUAUUAUUCAGCAAUAUCGGCCUUGGAAGGAGUCUAUUAUUACCGGCGAUCCUAUAGACAGUGGAGGUAAAAUAGUAUUGAAGAAAGGGGAACGCAGUAGUAAAUAUACGUCGGUUGAUAUGGAGUGCGAAAGAGACUCUGAGUCUGAUGGAGAGUUAGACACCAGUGACGACAUUGACGUAGAUAAUUUAUUGGACUUUACUAACAAAAUCAGACCAUUCGUUGAAAAGGAUACGAUCAAUCGUAGCACCAACACUGAAAUAACGACUAAAAGUCAGGGUGUUCAGGUGUACGAGUCUUUCGAAACGAAGGACUACGACAGGUCUAUCGGCUACUCAUUGCUCAUGAGAACGGAUUAUGACAACGAGAAGCGGAAAGAGGUUUAUAAACCGACGGUAAUACAUGACCAACAUUUUGGGAAGUAUGAAGAACAAUUUAUUUUCUAUCUGCAACAUCUAGAAGAUCGCGGCGAUGCUGACAGUGACAAAGAAGACGAAGGUCUUAUGGAUAAAACUUCGCUGACUGAUGUAAUUGACAAGGAUAUUGAGAGACAAGAGAAGAUGAUUGUUGAAGAUGAAUCGGAAGAUACAGCCGCCAAAUCUCGAGAUGUAGAAACGAGUAAAGUCGAUGUCAUUGAACUUGUAGAACCUGUUGAGCGAAAAAAAAAAUAUUCUGCGAUAAUUGACGAUACGGACGCAGGUGUUGGGGCAGAAAAAAAUACGGACAUCAGCAUUGAAGACAUCAUGUGUCACGAAAACAUUGAAGAAGUCAAUGCUUGCUGUGAUGGUGUGACGAAAGCAAGUGAACCUAAACCAGUAGUUACCGUCAGACCUCCAGUAUCUUCAUCUCUGGGCAUUAAAACCACGAAAGACUGCAAUGGUGAGCAGCGUUCGACCUCAGGAGAAAAGGUAACCGCGGAGGAAGAUAAUGAUGUCCUAGUAUCGAAUGAUAAAUUACCAGAAGUAAGUGUUGCUGAUACUUUACCCGCUGAAUCAUUAAAUGAUUCGAGGGAGAGCAACGAAAGCACUAAAUUGACAGCGAGUCAAGAAGCCAAACACGAAGAGACUGUGAUUGCUGUUAAAACUUUAAUUGAAGAGAACAGCGGCGUUGAUCAGUAUGUUAAGUGGAAAAAUAAUACUGAUGAUGAUGACGAGUGUAUGGUUCUUGAGUAAACGUCAUUAUAUAUAAUAUAUAUAUAGUUUUUUUCGUUGCAUCUUUUUAAUUGUUUAAUUAUAUUUGAUAUGGAAAUUAAAUCUAAAUCUAAAUUUAAUUUUAAUUUGAUCUAUUAUCAUCUUGCUAUUUUUUUUUAAUUGAAUCGUAAUAACUUAAGUUAUUAUGGUCAUGAUUAUUAUUAUUAUUAUUAUUAUUAUUAUUAUUAUUAUUAUAUGUAGGAGUUACUUCUUAGGAACUAUUCCGUUAUGCAUUUUUAAUACUUUUGCAUAAUUCAAGUACUGGCAAAUUUUUUGUGUUUAAAAUACACAUACUGUAAAUAUUUAUAAUUCUAUAAAAUAUUAUUAUUAUUAUUUUUUUUUUAACUAAUGCUAAAUUAAAAUGUCGUGUUUAAAUCGAAAACUCUUUGAUACGCUAGUGUAAUAAAUAAAUAAAAACAUCCAUUACCUUAAAGGAAUAAUUAUUAAAACAAAUAAAGAGAACAAAAGCUAACGAGUAAUUAAAAAUUCGGUAAUUUGUCAUUAAUAAUUCUGUCAUAAAUCAACAAUAAAUUGUUUAUAAGUUAUCAAUAAUAGGUAUUAAUAUUAAAUAAAUAAAUAUUGUAUAAUUGUUUGGUCAUGAUGAU